AUUAGCAUUUAUACUUGUUAGUUGGAAGAGUCCUGAAAAAUAUUUGUAUAAUCAUACAGAUUCUUAUAGAAGGAAAGCUUACAUUAUAAUGUUAGAAGCAAGAAACUACCUUCUCUAUACAAAAAAAUUUCAAGACAAUAUGGGGCUGUUGUAUCCAACUUCCAAUUCAAUAUGGCUUUUGUUGUGCUUCCAGUAUUUGGUCAUUGUUUUUUCCAUUGCAAUCUCAGGUUUGGAAUCAACUGAUCAACUAGCAUUGCUGGACUUCAAAAGCAGAAUAACAAAGGAUCCACUCCAUGUCAUGGCUUCUUGGAACAAUCGUUCUUUCCAUUACUGCAACUGGACUGGUGUAACAUGUAGUCCUUCCAAUGGUAGAGUUACGUUACUUGCUUUGAGUUCACGACAACUUGCUGGCACCAUACCGCCUUCCAUUGGUAAUCUCAGUUACCUUACAGGUAUUAAUCUUGGAAACAAUAGUUUCCGUGGUGAAAUUCCUCAAGAAUUUGGCCUACUGUUGCAGCUGCAGCAUAUCAAUCUUAGUUACAAUUCUUUUGGUGGAAAAAUUCCUACCAAUUUAACAAACUGCAAGGAACUUAGAGAACUUCAUCUACACUAUAAUGAUAUUGUUGGGAAAAUUGUGGAUGAACUCAGUUCACUUUCAAAGCUGUAUUUGUUAAAACUGAAAAGAAACUCACUCACAGGAGGCAUCCCACGUUGGUUAGGAAACUUUUCAUCUUUAGAGUUCCUUGACCUUUCGGGUAAUAGUCUACAAGGACCAAUACCUGAGGAUCUUGGACGUCUAACUAAUUUGUUAGUAUUCCAUGUGAACUCAAAUGAAUUAUCUGGUACCAUCCCUCCAUCGAUUCUCAAUAUCUCCACCAUAUACUAUUUCUCUGUUACACAAAAUCUAAUGCAUGGGCAACUUCCAGCAGAUUUAGGGCUCACUCUUCCAAACCUUGAAGUAUUUGCUGGCGCUGUCAAUAGCUUCACUGGACCUAUUCCUGUUUCUUUGGCUAAUGCUUCUAACCUUCGCGUGAUUGACUUUUCCCAAAAUAAACUUACUGGGGAUGUGCCAACUACUUUUGGGAAGUUGGAAUUUUUGGUUAGGCUCAACUUCGAGGCGAACAGACUAGGAGGGAGGAGAAGUUAUGAGGGGUUGAGAUUUCUUGAUUUCCUAACCAACUGUACACAUCUGAUGGUACUGAGUUUUGCCACCAAUAACUUUAGGGGAGAACUGCCUCACUCGAUCACUAAUCUUUCAACAGUACUUGAGAUAUUCUCUCUGGGUAACAAUAGGAUGCAUGGUACUCUUCCUGCUGGAGUAGGCAACCUUCUUAGUUUGACCCUACUAGGAAUGGAUGGAAACUACCUCAAUGGCAGCGUUCCUGAAACUAUAGGUAAACUUGAAUAUAUGGAAAAUCUCUAUUUGAAUGGAAAUGCAUUUUCAGGGAAGAUACCAUUCUCUAUUGGUAACUUGACACGGUUAACUACUCUAAACCUGGAGGAAAAUAGGCUAGAAGGACGAAUACCUCCAGAGUUCGGGAAGUGUAAGAUCUUGUCAACAUUAAACCUUACUAGGAACAAUCUUUCUGGAUCCAUACCGAAAGAGGUUGCAGGACUAUUGUCUCUUUCAAUAUCUCUGUCAUUGGCAAGCAAUUCUUUAACUGGACCCUUGCCAAUCGAACUUGGUCAGUUGAUAAAUCUCGAGGAAUUGGAUGUAUCACAGAACAAAUUAUCUGGUGAAAUUCCAAGCACUCUCAGCAAUUGCCUCCACUUAGAGCGUGUAGACAUUAGUAAUAAUCUUUUUCGAGGAAUCAUUCCUCAAUCCUUUAUAAAUUUAAAAGGAUUAGGUGAGGUAGAUUUUUCACAAAAUACCUUGUCAGGGAAAAUACCAGAGUUUCUAGGAAUGCUUCCAUAUCUCAGAAAACUGGAUCUUUCGUUCAAUGAACUUGAAGGUAGGGUUCCAAAAGAAGGGAUAUUUUCCAAUACAAGCGCAGUUUCAAUCAAAGGAAACAGUAGACUUUGUGGAGGUGUUCCUGAUUUACAUUUGCCUGAAUGCUCCAAAGCUCCAAAGCACCUUGAUUCAAGAGUGUGGAUAGCUGUUACAGCUCCUGUUGCGCUCUUAAUUUUGGUACUGUGUUUCUACGGCGUUUAUUACAGGCUCAGAAACUCAAGAAAGGCACACUCUUGGAUUGAUGGGAACCUAGCACAGAUACCAAGAACUACAUACCGAGAAAUACUUAGAGCAACAGAUGGUUUCUCUGAGGCUAACUUGGUAGGCACGGGAAGUUUUGGUUCAGUAUACAAAGCCCAUUUCCAUAGUGAGAAUAAAAUAAUGGCAGUGAAAGUGCUGAACCUACAACAAAGAGGGGCCUUGAGGAGCUUCCAAGAUGAAUGCAGAGCUUUGAGAAAUAUAAGGCAUCGCAAUCUUUUGCGAAUCAAGACUGCUUGUUCGAGCAUUGAUCACCACGAUAAUGACUUCAAGUGCCUAAUUUUUGAGUUCAUGACUAAUGGAAACCUACACGAUUGGUUGCAUCCAGAAAACGAUGACCAACAACGUCAAACAAAGAAGCUGACCUUUAUCCAAAGAUUAAACAUUGCCAUAGAUGUUGCUUCUGCACUUGACUAUCUCCACAACCACUGUCAAACGCCAAUUGUUCACUGUGAUCUAAAACCAAGCAACAUACUCCUCAAUGAAGAUAUGUCUGCACAUGUUGGUGACUUCGGGUUAGCAACAUUUCUCCUUGACACAUCGAGUAAUUCCUGGAGUCAACAGAUUUCUGCAGCACUAAAAGGUUCUAUUGGUUACAUCCCACCAGAGUAUGGAUCAGGAGGCCAAGCAUCCACACUUGGAGAUGUUUACAGCUUUGGAAUAGUGUUGCUAGAGUUGUGUAUUUGUAAAAGACCAACUGAUGCUAUUUUUAACGAGAACCUAAAUAUUCACAAGUACGUUUCAGCGGCUUUGCCUGAACGUUUCAUGGAGAUUGUAGAUCCUUUAUUGCUCUUGGCAGAGGAAGAGCAGAACAUCAAUCAAGAUCAAGCAAGGAGAAUGGAAGAAUGUUUACUCUCGGUUUUGGAAAUCGGGCUUACAUGUUCUGCAUCAUCACCAAGAGAUAGAGCGCCAAUUGACACUACUUUGGGCAAACUUCAAGCAAUCAAGGAGACCUUCCUCUCAAUGAGAUGGUAAUAUGAUUAACUGUUUAUUUUUCAUAUUUCCUUUAUUAAGCCUUGUCCUGAACCAAAAAAUGUUACAUAAUUAGAAUGUAGUGGCUAACCAAACAGGUUACCUACUCCUUUUCGUGUUAUGUUGUUUGAUCGAAGUUUGUAAGCAGAUCUAAAUUAUUUUGAUUCAAACAGGCAAGAACAGUACAAUUUGAUAAUCAA